AGUUGACCCUAUGGUCACCUGUGAAAGCGCGGCUCAUGGCGCCAGUAUCCCGGUCCCGCUACCCCGAGGACACGCAGGGCUCUUGGAGAGGGCGACGCCCCUCGUCCAGGAGCCGUCGUUCCGGCUCUCCCCCACGCGGCCGCGAGGGCCUCAGGCGUCCGUGGGGCGGGGCGGGCGUCGGCGCUUCUUACCGGCUUAGUCGCUCCCCGGAGCGGCCCAGUUUCCGCAACUACGCUUUCUUGUCUUCUUCGAUCUAUUGCGGUGGAUACCACGACCAUCACCACCACUAUGCGGGCGACAGGCGGUGGGCGGAAGAGUACGAGAUGGUGAAGGAAGAGAGCUAUCGGCAGAGGAGGCUGAAAGAGAGAGAAAGGAUUGGCGAGUUGGGAGCUCCUGAGGUGUGGGGGCUGUCUCCAAAGUUUCCUGAACCGGAUUCUGACACCACAGUUGAAGAUGAAGAGGUAAAAACUCAGAAGAUGGGCAGUUCAGAUUCCAGCUCCGAAGGAAAAAGGAUAAAGAAGACCAGUUGUUCAAAAAACAAAAAAAAGAAAAAGUCCAAAAGAAAAUAUAGGAAAUAUUCUGCUAACGGUAGUGACGGUAAUUCAGACUCUGACACUAGUAAUUCUAGCUCUGAUGAUGAGAAAAAGAGAGCAAAAAAAGCCAAGAAGAAAGAGAAGAAGAAACACAGAGAGGGAAAAAACAAGAAAAAGAAGAAUAAGACUAAAAAAGAACCCAGUGACUCAAGCUAUAAGGAUUCAGAAGGAGAAUUGCCAGAAGAUAUCUGGAUUGAGCACUCAGAGUUUGCAGGUACCAUGGAUCUAAUAGGUCCAGAAGCACCCAUAAUACACACCUCUCAAGAUGAGAAACCUUUGAACUAUGGCCAUGCUCUGCUCUCAGGUGAAGGUGCAGCUAUGGCUGAGUAUGUAAAAGUUGGAAAACGUAUCCCACGAAGAGGUGAAAUUGGGCUGACAAGUGAAGAGAUUGCUUCAUUUGAAUGUUCAGGUUAUGUUAUGAGUGGUAGCAGGCAUCGCAGAAUGGAGGCUGUGCGACUGCGUAAAGAGAACCAAAUCUACAGUGCCGAUGAGAAGAGAGCCCUUGCAUCCUUUAACCAAGAAGAGAGACAGAACAGAGAGAAUAAGAUUCUAGCAAGUUUCCGAGAGAUGGUGUACAGAAAGACAAAAAUGACAAAUAAGGACUUUUGUUCUACAGCAGUACUUUGACCAACAACAAUGUUAUGUGUCCAAAAUAGUUUUAAAAGGCUUUAUGGUGCUACUGUACCUACUAUGUUAGUAAAUCCUUAAGGAAAAAGCUGUUUUUUGACAUCUCUUUAGCAAUUUAUUUUUAAUUUUUAACAUAAAAAGCAAUAUGUGCACAUGGUUUUUAAAAUAUUCAAACACUAUAGGAGGAGAAUCAGUAAAAUGGCCUUUAAGGCCUUCAUCCUUCUCCCCAAAGAAAUCUCUUUGGUGUCUUACAUAUCUGUCCAUUGUUGUAUAAUAAAAGUUGAUGCUAUUAACCUGAGGGAUUUUUUCCGCACCCCUUGUUGUCCUGACUUUUUCUUUGAGGGCUUCGUUGCCUUUUGGAGCCAUUCACUUACCCCAGGGAGAACUACAAGAUUCUGGAAAGAACAAAGGUUUCAAUUGAGUGUCUACUUCUGGUUGCAUUUAACAGACUAAGUUAAAAAAAAAAUUGAGAUUUACUGACUGAUGUAUUAUAACAGAAAAGUCCAGCAGGAAGACUGGUUACCUAUGGGGCUUUAAUAUAUGGGUCAUUGUCCUCUUCAGGUUGGUUUCCCUUAAUUAAGAAAAGGGCUGCCAAUGCUCCUGAGUUAAAU